UCAGUUGUAAUUUCUCCCUCUCGCGCGGAAACCACACCGACACGCGUGGAUGCACGCCGUGCCGCCGAUGACUAACUUCCAUUGGAUAAUCGGUCAGUCGUUACGGAAAGCUGCGCGCGCGAGCACCCUUUCAGAGAGUUGAGUCGUCGCGAUCAAUUACCAUCUUAUCAGAGCUGAACGUCUUCAACAUACAUAUAUUAGUUUUGCUGAAGAAACACGAAAAAGUUCAACAAACGAAGCAGUGUCACACACAGAACGCAGUGCAAGCAGCCGUGGGUGGGUGAAAUUUUGCGCAUCAGGUGACCCAGUCAAUGACGGGGAAGAUCGAUUAUCUGGUGGCUAUUUGAGAUUUCAGUGCAAAAAUAACCAUUAAGGAGAGAGUGAAGACGUGAUUGAAAGAAGUAUUUUUUCAGUUUCCGUGAUUACGUGAUCUUCAAAUAGGCGCCACAUUUUAGUUAAAACAUCCAGCAAAUCCAAUCGAACCGAUUGCAUAAAUAUCGGCAUUGCUCAACCUCAAACAGGUUGAUAGUUCGAAGCCGGUUUCCGUUGGCAAAUGAUGCGCCUCAGCAUGUCGCAAACCAAAAACUUCAUAGACAACAAACUGGAGGCCAUACAGGCUAGGUGGAGCUCAUCGUCGUCGGCGAAACCAGUGGGAAUGCGAAAUAGCAGGACCUUGGAAAAGGAAACCUUCUUCGAGAAGUUUGGAACACUCUUCAAACAACGAUCCUCCCAUUUUCUGCUCCAGUCCAAGAACGAUGUGUCGCUGCAGGACGAGACGGGCGGUACCCAGGAGCUGAUCGUGAACACCACGAAAACACAAAUUAUCCCACCGGCAGUCGCCGGCAGUGGCGAGGGCACACAAAUCGUAUCGGCCGGAGAUGGCUCCAUCGAUACGCAGUACGAUGAAGACGCAAUUUGGGACCUCUACGAAAAGGUGCUUAUGGAAAUCAUCAACGGUAACUUCAACCAACAGGACGUAACGGAAAAGACGCUCUUCUCCUAUGCUCAGGAGGUGUUCAAACUGAACGACAAGACACACGAGGAGAUACUCAAACGGGCCCGGUUUAAACCAAUAACCGAAGCCUACCUACGGGUGGAGUUGAUCGAAGCCAAACUGAACGAACGACCCAGCGUUCAGGGGGCACUCAACCCAUUCGUUAUAAUGUACCUGCAGACGGACCUGAUGAACAAGGAGAAAAGCUUCAUCUGUGAGGCCACUCAACAUCCGGUGUGGAAACAAUGCUUUUCAAUACCAGCAGCUGAGAACAGUAAAGAGAACCUGAUUGUGGAAGUGUUUCACCAUGAUCACAACAUGACUAAAGUUGAGAAAACUAUUAAAGUAUGUAAAAAGUAUGCUUACAGUUGCAUUAGACCGAAAACUUCCUACCAAAAACUGAUUGGUAGGACAAGCAUUGGUAUAGAGGCAAUAACAUCUUCCGGUUUGGUCACGUGGUACACGCUGAGCAAGAAUAAACGUACGGAUCCACAGGGAACAGUAAAGUUGAAAUUCCAUUUCAGCUCAGGUCAGAAUAAAGACAAAGCCAAACAAGAGCACGAGUCGCUCACCAGAAUGUUUCUCGAGUACGAACUGAACAGUUCCAGUGUGGCCCGGUACUGGUGGUCGGGAAAGUUCACCAGCCCCGGGGAGGCCAUUCUGAAACAGCAUGCCAUCUGUGCCGACCUGAGUGACCGCGAGAAAGCGCUCAUCUACUGGAAUGCUUAUACGGCAGUCCACACUACCUAUCCGAUCGCGUUUGGCCUGUUCGAAGGUUUGCUGAACAAAAUCUACACCUACGUGAACAGUGACGCCAUUGCUGGCGAUGAUUUGAGGAGAUUUUGGAUAGGUGUGAAGAAAAUACUGCCAUCGUGCUUCGCUGUGAUAAUUAAGCUAAGGAAACGCAUUGCCGGCGAUAAUGACAUUGUCAAGACUGUGACUUCGGUGCUCCAUAUGUUAACCAAGUUGGAAAGCAUUCGGAAUACUUGUGAUAUAGACCUGUUUUAUCCCGGAGAUUACGAAUAUUUUAAGCAUAAAAUUGAACAAAAUCCGCAAAUUACAAUUUCGGAGGUUACGCUCCUAGCGGUACGGACUGGUGCUCGUAUUUGGUUCGACCAGGCCGUCAAGGACACAAUAAAGUUCGAUUCUUCCAACGAAGAAAGACUAAAAAAUUCCAUCAAACUCAUUCAGCUGCUGCUCAGUGACAUUAAACGAGCUUCAACGUACUACAUGAGCACGUUCCAAAGCAUUGCGAAGAUCGACUAUACACGUGAAGUCUGCAAACAGCAUGAAACGAGCAUCGUAACUCAUAUCAGACCCAUCGUAGAAGCUAUUUGCAAAAGCUUUAAGAAACUCACCAUCCGAAUGGACCAGCACAACCGGUUCGGCGAGAUGGACGCCCUUGACAUGAGCACAACCGUAUUUCAUCUUUACAUCGUGAUAAGGCUGUUUCUGGAGGAAACAGAUAAGGAGCUCAAGAGUGCCCACAACGCAGACAUUGUUAAUUUCCACAAAUGGUUCAGUGGCGGUAUCGUCCAUUGGUGCGAUAUCUUUGCGCUGAAGGCGCUUUCCUGUGUAAGCCAUGCCAUCGAUAACGAUCAACUGGAGCCGGAGAAGGAUGUCGAACCAAAACAGUCAUCAUCAGCGGCAGUAUUUUUGUCUAUUGUGCGUGAGAUGGAAAAGUUCUGGGAAGAGUUAGCUUGGCCAGAUCCUGCUGAGUUGAAUCGGUUCCUAAAACGAAGUAUUGGGGACAUUUGCAGUUGCUGUAUUUACUACGUCGAUCGUAUUUCAACCAAAUUGCAUCAUCCCGAAAGCAAUCGUAAACAUGCAGAUCUCCCAGCUACAUUGGAGCUAAUCAAAAAAUGCACUCUGGUCAAUUCCAACCUAUCGAUCUUGAUCGAUGUACUCAAGGGCUUGCCCGAUGUCCUGGGUUACCAACAGGUCGAUAUCAAUGCUAACGAAGCCUCCGAACAGAUGCUACCCAUAAUGGGACUGAACAGCUGGAAGACCAAAACACUGAACCUUCUGACAGACCAUUGCAUGGCCGCUAUCAGGGUCAGUAUGCGUGAUGCGGUGAACAAGUUUGACCCAAUCAGACGAGAUGUGGAUUGUUUCGCAGCGCAGUCUUCGGCCGUGAUGCGGGAGGACCUCAAUGAUGACGAUUUGCAGUUUGUGGAGACUACCUUGUGGAACAAACUAACGGUUGAGUUUGGCGACAUGAUGAAAUCGUUAAUUGGAGCUAAAACAUCAAUAGAAAAAUUUUCAAACCUGAAGGAUUUCUACGCAAUUAUCGCACAAGCGUACUUACCAGAGAACCAAGAACUUCAGCAAGACAGAGGAAUGGCGGAGAAAUUGUAUUUCCUUGAGAAACAGUUAAGCCUUUACAGUAGCAGUACUCGAGAUCUGAUCCAUCAUUAUUAUUUGGCCUGUUUGGAGGCCCAACUGCGCCUCGAUGAACCGGAUCGAGGAGUUCUCACCGUGAAGUGUUGCCUUCGUAACGACAAUUUGGAAAUUCACAUCAUCUCCGCCGACGGCAUAAAGCUUCCACUGGAUUAUAAAGGAAGUUGCGAUUCGUACGUGAAGAUAAACCUUGCUCCCGGUUAUCGGUACGCGGAUGUUCAAAUGCCUAAAACUCGGACGAAGUCUAAAAACCAUUCGCCUACGUACAACGAGAAGUUUACACUGAAACUUUCCCAAGAACAACGAGAAAUCCCAGAUGCGUUAAUUGUUUUCAAUCUGAAAGUAUCUGAGCUGCUCGGACUGAGCCAACGGUACGUCGGCGAAUGCUUCGUACGGCUAGACAGCAUCCCCAUCCUGGAAUCUGAACAGGACUUCAAAAGCAUAGAACCACAACAGCUGUUCCUUACACUUCCAGAAAAUAUAGAAUCGGACUGUACUCCGGUCCUAGAGUACCGACAAAAUGACAAAGAGGCGGUACAGUUCUUUAAGAAGUUGAAACAAAAAUUAGGUCGCGCUGCAUAUACUGGAAGUGUGAUUAGCAUUUACUAAUUCUGAUUGAAAUGUGUCGAAUAUUAUCUCAUGCAUUUAUAAUAGCAACGAAAAACAAACUUAAUAUCUCAUAUAUUGUAGUCAUAACUAAGUGAUAAAAAUUACAUGGCGCUAUUUUUUAAA